AUGCCGUCUGAACGCUUCCUCAGUAUUCAAGAAAUGUUGACAGGCCAGAGGCUCUGCCACUCGGAAUCUCACAAUGAUAGCGUCCUGGCAGCACUGAAUCAGCAGAGAAGUGACGGCAUUCUCUGCGAUGUCACCCUGAUUGCUGAGGAGCAGAAAUUCCAUGCUCACAAGGCCGUCCUAGCAGCCUGCAGCGACUACUUCCGGGCCAUGUUCAGUCUUUGUAUGGUGGAGAGUGGUGCUGACGAGGUGAAUUUACACGGUGUGACCAGUCUUGGCUUAAAGCAGGCUCUGGAGUUUGCAUACACAGGACAGAUUUUGUUGGAGCCAGGCGUGAUCCAGGAUGUGUUAGCAGCUGGCAGUCACCUACAGUUACUGGAGCUUCUCAAUUUAUGUUCUCACUAUCUCAUCCAGGAAUUAAAUAGCUUUAAUUACUUGGAUCUGUACAGACUUGCUGACCUCUUUAACCUCACUUUGUUGGAGAAGGCAGUGAUCGAUUUCUUAGUGAAACACCUCUCUGAGCUCCUGAAGAGUCGGCCGGAGGACAUUCUAACGCUGCCUUAUUGUCUGCUUCAGGAGGUACUGAAGAGCGACCGCCUGACCUCCUUGAGCGAAGAGCAGAUCUGGCAGCUAGCCGUGAGGUGGUUGGAACACAGCUGCCAUUACCAGUACUUGGAUGAGCUCCUGCAGUAUAUCCGCUUUGGCCUCAUGGACGUGGAUACGCUCCACACCGUUGCCCUGUCCCACCCCCUGGUCCAGGCAAGCGAGACGGCAACAGCUCUGGUCAACGAGGCCCUGGAAUACCACCAGAGCAUCUACGCACAGCCCGUGUGGCAGACUCGCAGGACCAAACCGCGGUUCCAGUCGGAUACCCUGUACAUCAUUGGUGGGAAGAAGCGUGAGGUCUGUAAAGUCAAGGAACUCCGGUACUUCAACCCCGUGGAUCAGGAGAAUGCGCUCAUCGCUGCCGUGGCCAACUGGAGUGAGCUGGCUCCCAUGCCCGUGGGCAGGAGCCACCACUGUGUGGCAGUCAUGGGGGACUUCCUGUUUGUAGCAGGAGGGGAAGUUGAGCAUGCCAGUGGUCGGACGUGUGCUGUGAGGACUGCCUGUCGCUACGACCCCCGCAGUAACUCCUGGGCAGAGAUAGCACCCAUGAAAAACUGCCGGGAGCAUUUUGUGCUGGGGGCCAUGGAUGAAUACCUCUAUGCUGUCGGGGGCAGAAAUGAACUGCGUCAGGUCCUGCCUACCGUGGAGCGAUACUGCCCCAAGAAGAACAAGUGGACUUUUGUCCAGUCCUUCGACCGGUCCCUGUCCUGUCACGCUGGAUAUGUGGCUGAUGGUCUUCUGUGGAUAUCAGGUGGAGUAACUAACACGGCACAAUAUCAGAACAGACUAAUGGUAUAUGAACCUAACCAGAAUAAGUGGAUAAGCCGUAGCCCUAUGCUGCAGAGGCGGGUCUACCAUUCCAUGGCUGCUGUUCAAAGGAAGCUUUAUGUUCUUGGAGGCAAUGACCUGGAUUACAAUAAUGACCGGAUCCUUGUGCGGCAUAUAGAUUCCUACAACAUAGACACUGACCAGUGGACGCGCUGCAGUUUUAACCUGUUGACUGGCCAAAAUGAAUCUGGAGUUGCUGUCCAUAAUGAGAGAAUAUACUUAGUUGGUGGAUAUUCGAUUUGGACAAAUGAGCCUCUGGCUUGUAUCCAGGUACUGGAUGUAAGUAGAGAAGGCAAAGAAGAAGUAUUCUAUGGGCCUAGACUCCCUUUUGCUUCCAAUGGAAUAGCAGCAUGCUUCCUCCCCGCUCCGUAUUUCACAUGCCCUAACCUUCAGACUCUUCAAGUGCCUCAUCACAGGAUUGGCACUGUCUGA